AUGGCUCCCAUCAACUUUCAACUGCAUCCUGCAGUCACCUUCAACAACAAGGGGUUUCACAAUCCUGCGCGCUAUGAGCGCUACCUCAAUCAUUUUCGCAACCGUCCUCUCUAUCCAUCAUUCACUAUUCAUCCUUCUUCCUUCCAGAGGUAUGGCCUAGACAUCUCUGGGCUUAUUACCAAUCUUGGGUGGGAUUCUCUAUUUGAGAAUCGGAGGUUCAGUCAGUGUCCCGAGGCCGUGAGGAUGUUUUAUGCCAGUCUGAAGAGAGGCCCUGGCCCAAGUCCUGCCUCCUUCACUACUGUCGUGUAUCACCAUGAGAUACUGGUCACACCCUCAUUGCUGGCUGAAAUCCUAGGACUUCCCUGUGAGGGAUCCUCUGCUGCCACCAAUGAUGAUCUUGCUGAGAUUCGUUUUGAUUAUGGGUCCGCCUUAGAAUCUCUUACUCACAACAUUGGCCGCCGUUUCUCCAACAUGCUCUCAGCUGGCCGACUCGCAGAUCUGUUUAAAGUGAUGCACUUCUUCAUUACUCGUGUUCUGCUUUCUCGCAGUGUGUCGAGUUCUGAGUUAGCUCAUCCCUCGGAUGUCUGGAUCAUGGCCAAUGCACGUGAUCGGAUUCCUCUCAAUUUCUCCUCACUCAUGUUUGCUCACAUGAUUAAGUUUGGAGAUGAGAACUACUCUGGUCCACUUCCCUUUGGUCCUCAGAUUACUCGCUUCCUCUACAAUCUUGGCAUUGAUCUUUCUGACAAGAUCGUUGUUUGUGAUAUCCGUGAGGAUUUGCGUGCACAGCAUGUUCUAGUUCGUGUCGAUGCUUCUGUUGGCAGGAGAAAGCCUGUCAUUCGCUUAGGGGGAGAGCAUACUGCUGUCUCUGCCAAUCAGCUGGUCUAUGCACUACUAGAUGCUGCAUCAGUAGCCUUGGAUCAGAAAAUUCUAUCCUUCAAAAGUGAGGAGCUCCUGAGUCUAGAAUACUGCAAGGCACAAAUUGAAUUAGCUAAGAAAGCUGAACCAAGCAGCUCACAUGAUGAAGAUGGAGUGUCCGAUUAUGAGUCCCCUCCAGAGUAUGAGUUUUAG